CACCACCAGACUCCAUUGACAAAAACUGUAAUUUUACAGAGCAGAACACAGGAGCUGCUGGAAUACCACUGCCUCCACCUGUUAGUGUCUAUUGGACGGACUGUGACGUGGACAAAUGCCCAGUUAGAUUGAUAGACAUUACAGCAGCUGUUCAUGGAACCAACUCAAAAGAUUUUUGUCCCUAUCGAUUAUUUACACCCAGAAACAUGGGAAAAUAAGGCCUAGGUUCAACAAUACAGGAGUUAUUCUUUAACCCUCAAACAGCCCAGAAUGUCCAAAAACUGGUCCUCUCAAAGAUAGAAGUACACACUCACACACACACACACACAUAUUCAUUCAUAGGUUUCCAAGCAUGCGAACACACAGUUGAUACACACACAAACAUUGGUACAAAAACUAAUUGACUUCAAGAAGUUGUACACACAGUGCACAAGUCUGUAUCUUUACACACUUAAACAAAGUCCAGAACACACUCAUUCAUGAUUUCUUGUGCACACACACCCACACACCAUUAUCAGUAGAGUGUGUGUGUGUGUGUGUGUGUGUGUGUGUGUGUCAGCCACUAAUUGGACUGAAUUUCACUGAGCAACAAAAGAUCAGGCUCGAAAAUUCCAGCUCUGGUUUGUACAGGCUUUGCUUUGUUGUCCCUUCGCCUCUGUUUGUUCUCUUCUAAUGCUGUGUUAACAGUUAUCUCUCUCCCUCUUUCUCACCCUCUCCCUCCCUCUCUCACCCCCUCUGUCUCUCUAUGUCUUUCUUUCAAUCUCUCUCACUUUUUUUUUUCCCCCGUGCAGCCCAUGAAAGGCUUUUUGCCCCAAACGAAGCUCAGUUACCCCAACUGCUCCGAGGCAGGCGAAUCCCCCUCAGAGGCCAGAACUUGCGAGGUGCUUUCCCCCCUCAAAAAUCUCUCCCUCCCUCUCUCUCUCUCUGACACACACUCACACACACUGUAGGAGCCUGUCGGACGUCCACAAUGAACCCCAGACCUUCAGCGGAGUGGACCGGUGUAACUGUCUCCAUCUUUGGGAACCUUGCCGUGUCUCUCGGUGCUGAGCCUGGACCUGAACUUUCAGUUGAAUCUUUCUGCUGAUCCUGGCGGCAUAAAGGGAGAGGAUGAUGAUUGAGCUGCAGAGCACCGAGGAUGCUGGUGGUGGCGGCCACGUGGACAUACUGAGCACCGAGGAGCUGGAGUGUAAGAUCUGCUACUGUGCCUACAACUUCGGGGGUCGCAGGCCAAAGGUUCUGGAGUGCUGCCACCGAAUGUGCUCCAAAUGCCUCGCUAAGAUUCUGGAUCUGGGUGAGUCGCCUCCCAAUGCCGUGGUGUGCCCCUUCUGCCGCUACAUCACCCGACUCCCAGGGGAGGCGGUGAGCAGUCUGCCGGACGACUGCAACCUGGUGGCGGCACUGGCCCUCCAGAGCAGGAAUCAGAGGAACCUCCACCUCCACCAGGAGGCGACCACGGAGCUGCUCCUCAGCCCCAGGCGCCUGAGCUCUCUGAUGGGUAGCAGCACACCUGUGAUGUCCCCUUCCUCUUCCUCCUCCGCUUCCUCACCCAUGACCUACUCCUCCAUUCGGGGCUCCCCUAACUUUGUGGUCAUCACCAUCAUGGAGCCUCCACUGGCGCCUGCCUCGAACCAGGACCUCCACCUCCCACCACGAGGAUCUCACGCACUGAACCGGGGCUACCGCUCGUCCAGCCUGGACUCCAUGGCGUCCAUCACGCAGAGGUGGACGGUGUGGAACUGCGCCGCCCUCCUGUGCCAGACUUCGGCCCGGGCGCUGGUGUGGGUGCUGGGGCUGCUGUACUUCAGCUCCCUGCCCAUGGGGGUCUACCUGCUCAUCAUGCAGAGGACAACGCUCGGUGUGCUGCUGGUGAGCCUGGUUCCCGCCAGCCUCGUCAUGAUCAUGGUCUAUGGAUUCUGCCAGUGUAUCUGCCAUGAGUUGUGGGACUGCAUGCCACCAUAAUGGGGGCAGAUGAAUGGGCAAUGGUUUGCUUUGAAUAUGCCUGACAAUAGAUGUCCAGAAUUCACUAAUGGGGAUGUUACUGUGUAACUGACCAUGUGAACAUUAACUUCAGUGGCAGAUAAAUUAUCCUUUUCUCUAUCGAGGAGGAGAGAACAUUAUGUACAUUACAAAUGGAGCUUUUCAUUAUUAUACACGUUCAUUUGUGGGGUUUUUUUUAGCUUGGUAGCCGACUAAUUACCCAUUAGAGCUCAAAGUGACAGAUUUAGCUAAAAUUUUCAUGCCACUUCUGGAGGAAUCUGCUUAAUACUGUUGUAGUGAGAAACCUGAAGGAAUAAUUUGUUACCUAACAGUGGUUCACAACCUUUUCAGAUUGUGUCGCAGCCAUAAAUGCAUCAAAUGUGAACUUUAACCACACCAGAGUCCUGAGAGUUCUUGAACUCAGCAUCAGCAGCAGGGUGUUGUCACACAUGAAAAACUCUUUCUAUGCACCAGGAAGAGAGAUCAGCCUGUUGUUCUCACCGUGAAAGACUCAAAUGUUACAGAUAUAAACAGGAGUUUGACCCUGAAAUAAAUAGGUGAAAAAUACCAGUGAAU